AUGAAAUACAACAUAAGACCUGUUCUAGUAGAUGUUGGAGAAGAAAAGAAGACGUUUUUAAUUUGGGUUUUUGAUCUGAAGGCAGCUCAAACAUUGAACACAGAAGCUGAUAGUGAUACAAAACCAAUGGACCUGGAACUUGUGAAGUUUAUCAACUCAGAUCUUACAUGGAAUGCUGUUAAAAAGGGCCAUAGGAGCACGAUGAGGCGCCCAAGGAAGCCAGCAGCAAGCAAUUCAGCCAAUAAAAUGCAGGAAUCUGUAGCUUUUGAUUAUGAAAAGUCUGGUGUAGUCAUUCUUGGUCAACACUUUGGUGAAGAAGUAGUUGAUGUUCCUAUAAAGAAAAGAAUUCUUAUGCUUCAGUCUCCAUCUCUCAGCAAUGAAAGGGCUAAUAAGUCAAUUCAACCUCAUUCUCCCUCUCCUCAUCAUGAGAAAGAGAUUCCUGAUCUUAAUGACUUCUUUGGUAUAGAACUUCUUGCAGCUGCUGCAUGCCAUACCUCUGUUUAUGACACCCCAGAUCCCAUGGAGUCUUCUGCAGUCGAAGAACACACAACAACACGAGUCGUUGAUACAUACACCGAAGGUGUAAUUGUAAAAGACGAUAUUGCCCCUAUCGACUCAGAUGAUUCAUCAGUUCAAGAUAACACAUUCCCAGUUAUCACAAAUGGGGAUGGUGAUAAAACAUCUGUUCCUUCAAAAGAUGUUAGGUUGCAUUGGGAUUUGAACACUGUAAUGGAUGAAUGGGAAGAACCCUGUUGUGAUAUUCUUGUUGACCCUCAUUCUGAAAAAGGGUAUCUAAAAGAUGAUGAUUCUCAACAGGUGAAAUCAGAUGCAAUAGAUAAUAAGUCUGAAGGUAUCCAGGCUGUUUCUGAAGUAGUACAAGGUGGAUCAUGUCAAGAUGACAAGGUUUCUUCAGAAGAUCGUCUCAGUGAUUGCUGUGGGUCAAACAAAGUCAAAGCAGGAGGAGGCUAUGAUUCUCCUGUUGAAGAUGGUGAGUUAAGAGACACGUGGCAAAAGAAUGAAGUGGAAGAAAUCGAGUGUGUGGACUAUGAGUCCGAUAACAUAUAUGAAGAUAACUUUGAUGCUAUUGAAUCAGUUAACAAUGAAGUAGUCAUUGGAACACAACCCAACAAUGAAAUCGAACAAAAUGAUAAGAAAAACAUCCCAAGUAUAUCAAACCAGCUUCCAGAACCUUCUCAAGAAAAGGGUAGAACAUCGUCUUUUGGUGUUCAUAGAAGCAGAUCUGAAAACUUUCAAGAGUCUUAUUCAAGGGGUAAGAGGGAUUUUGGUCAAGAAAAGUCAACGGGAAGAGAUGGAGCAUCAUACCAUGGUUGGGAUUCAAGAAACACUCAGAAUCACAGAAAGAAACGAAUCUUAUGGUGUUUAUAG